CAAUUAAACUUUAAAAAUAUACACUAUAACACACUCUUUUAAUAUUUUUCUUCAUAAAUAAAUAAAAUAUAAAAAUAGUAUUGCAAUUUCAAUGUGAAGUUUGAUUCUUAAGUGUCCUGGAAGCACAAGCUGACUGAUAAUAUUAGAUAACUAUGGUUUCUUAUCUUCAAAAGUCAAACCAAGGUGUAGUGGCUGAAGUGACAAUUUAUUUUAGUAAAUAUUUGAGAAGAAAUAAACCAAGCAAAUGGAAAGUCGCUUUCUUACACAUUUCUCGUUCCGUGCUUAUUGUAGCUAACCUGCAAAACGUUGCAUAUUUUAUUCAAGACGGCAACAGGGAAAAUGACAAAAUGUCGAUGUGUUCGUACUUGAGUUCUAAAUUUAUUUUAAAGUAAACCACACCAUCAUCACUUUGGUGUAUGAAGCAAUAUUGGUGUUGAAGUUGAGGAGUACCAACCAUUACUGGUAUUGAAUUUCAAACCAAUGUACAAUUUCAAUUCAAAUUACAACUCAAUGUAUAAACUACUUCCUCGAGUAAAAAGCUAUCAUGAUGAUGGUGAUAUUCAUGAAUCCGCAUCAAAUACUUCUGCUGAGUUCCUCUUUGAAGCUGUGUUCGCAGGAGAUAAGUUCCAAGGAAUUGAAGCUGCAUAUGGACGAGUGGAUGGUGUAAUCAGAACAGCUACAGGUUAUUGUGGAGGAACCCUGAAAAGGCCCACUUUCAAAGAGGUUUGUGAAGGAAAAACAGGCCUUACUGAAGCUGUGAAAGUGAUAUAUGACAAAAGAAAAGUCUCGUACCAAUCCCUGUGUGAUCUUUUCUGGGAAACCCAUGAUCCUACUAAAAAGGAGUUCCUCAAUUUUGGAAUAGAUACUCAACAAAGAUCAGCCAUAUUCUACUGCACCGAAAUAGAGAGGAAGCAAGCACAACGGUCUAAGAUCAGAAAGCAGAUGAAGCUAAACAAGAGGAUUGUGACAAAAAUCACACCACUGGUAUCUGAAUUUGUCAUGGCAGAGAAACAGUAUCAGAAGUUCUUUCUCCAGAAACAGUGCAGACUUUGCGAAUGUUUAGGUCUACUAAGUACACAGCAAUUUGUGGAGUCAGAUAUUGCUUGCAAACUCAACGGAAUUUUAGCUAUGGAGGGAGAGAUGGUUAUUAAUGAGCUUAGUACAUUUCUGAAUACAGACAAUCUAUCAAAGCAAACCAAGCUAGCUUGUGAAGAUUUGAUUGAAGAAUUGAGGAGAAAUUAUGCAAAGGAAAACAAUGGAAGCCUUUAGUUUAGUUGUCUUCAUGUGUAGGCUCAUGGAUUCUGUUUGGGGACAUUUAAUGUUGUUAUAUUAAAACUUAGAUAAAAUUCUAUACAUAAUUUUAAUAUUAAAUUUCAUCACGAUAAUAUACAUAAAUAUAUAUUAUCAACGUUUGUAUUAUA